GAACUUCAUGCCAUCUCCCCAACACCCUCUCACCCUUCCCCCUUUCCGCACUUGGAGGUGCUCCUUCCUGCAAUGCAAAGUGACUUGCACCAUCCACGCCUUCCCCAUCCAUCAUGGCCAUUUCCGAGCAAACUUCGAUCCCCUCAACUCCGCCGAUAACCUCCAACCCAACAACAUCCACCACCACCUCGCCUCCUCCCGACUGCCAUGACUCUCUGAUGCCUUCGCAAUUCCCGGCCGUGCCCGCCGUCUUCGGCCCCGUGCCCAACCGCGCGUACCACGAAGGCUUCAUGCGCAAGGCCAUCGAGAUGGCGGAGCUGGCGCUCGCAUCCGACGAGACGCCCGUGGGCUGCGUUUUCGUCCACAACGGCGAAGUCAUCGGCAGGGGCAUCAACGGGACCAACGCCUCCCUCAACGGCACCCGCCACGCCGAAUUCGUCGGCCUCGCCGAAAUCAUGGCCAAACACCCGCAGCGCAUCCUCACGCAGACUGAUCUCUACGUCACCGUCGAACCGUGCAUUAUGUGUGCCUCCGCUCUGCGGCAGUACGGCAUCCGCGCCGUCUACUUUGGCUGCCUCAACGACCGCUUCGGCGGCUGCGGCGGCGUCAUGCAAAUCCACGCCGACCGGGGCGUCGACCCGCCCUACCCCGUCUACGGCGGCUUGUUUCGCGAGGAGGCCAUCAUGCUGUUGCGCCGCUUCUAUGUGCAGGAGAAUGAGAAAGGUUGGCGACAAGCCAUGAAGACGGCGAGAGAGGUGUCGCUGACCAAACGCCUCUUUGCAGCUCCCGAACCCAAGCCGAAGAAGAAUCGCGAGCUCAAGACGGAGAUUCUGCCCGUAACCAACGUCAACCCUACGGCAAACCUGACUCGCACGUCGACCCCCGCGGGCUGACGGUGUAUUGAGUGCUACCACUAGUAUCCCACCAGCCGACGAUGGGCACGCCCUUGGCUUGUAUAAGCAUCGCCGAUGAUCCCAAGUAUAGGCCUUCUGCAUAAUCCUUGCGCAAUGUCCAUAGAAGAGCAUACCAGAGCUUCACCCUGCAGCCACGUCCAGGACUGCGCAGCAAGCACCCCGCAUAUCGAGCAGGACAUGAAGCACGGAGAGUGAAAGGCAGCAAUGAGUCCCUCGAGCAGCGAUGUCUCACGCGCCUCAACGAUUUCUUGCGAGGUUCUGCGAGUGGACCUUAAGAAUAGCUCUGCCGUUAUAGACUAACAGUAC